AUGUCUGUCGACGUCUUGCAAAGUCAGAAUCAAAUCGGUGUCUUCAUUUUCCUCCUACCCCAGAGCACCGAUGGGGAGGCGUUCUUCUGCAGUCCCAUGUAUCAGUCAUUACGCCAAAGCGUUUCGACCCGCUGCGCCUGCGAAUUAUCCGUUUUCGACGGAAAUGACUUCAGCCAGUUGAAUCUCUGUCUCCCGUCCGGGCACAGCAACCACCUAAUGCGCAAUAACAGCAAAGGCAACAACUGUAGCAACCGCUCACUCUCCUCCCCCUCCGCCCUUGAUAGUUCCUCCGAGUCCAGCCAUUCUAGCCUGCUACUACGUGUCUCCAACAGCUACGAACAACUCCUGAUCGCUCGUGGUAAUUGGCUGGUCCAGGUAGUCUACAAGACUGUCCCCAGUCUACACCAUCUAUUUCUCAGAUUAGUGGGACAGUACUGUACAGCGCUGGGUAGUUCGGGCUACAGACGACCCAGCGGAAGCUUGAUUAUGCGGAGUCAGGGCUUCAAGUAUACAGUGCUCGCGGCCAUCACUCAUAGUCGGAUCGAGGAAAUGCGCCAUCAGCAGAGUGAGUACUCCCUCAUGAAUGACCUGGCGUAUGACAGUCCUGUCAAGAGCCAGAUGGAAGCAGACGAUCAGGACAAUGGUCGCGCUCUCAUCUCUGCCGGAGGCCAGAAUAAAACCCCGCCUUGGACACAGAAAAUGCGGUCUGCCCCCUCCAGCUCCGUUCCCUCCUCCACUUACCCAGCGUCAUCUCGCUCUUCCAACUCUAACUCAUCUCCCUACUACGCCUCCAACUCUCCCUGCGAAAGGACCGAAACAGAGAAAAGAGAUGACGUAAUGCACAGUCCAGCUCGCCUUCUUCACGAAAAACAGCAAAGAGACGACAGAAUAAACAGUCCAUUUGGUUCAAUUGACAAAACGCAGAAAAGAGAAGAUGAAAAAAACAGUCCAAGUCGUGUUGUUGACGAAUAUCUUCAGUCUCUGACUAAUAAACAGGACGAGUACCUGGCUGCUCUGCGGCAGCAGUACAAGGAAUUUUUCUCUCCGGUAGACAGAAGGGGCGAUGAUAACCACCAGAGGGAGGUGGAAUAUGAAAAAAACCAGCUUGAACUCGACUCCGAGAUGGACUUCAGUGACUCCACGAAUCUGGACAGUCUAACGGAUCCCAUCUACAUCAGAAAGGCUCCGGCUGCUCAACCUCAUAAACGAGGAGGCUUUUCGAUGGCGGAGGACUGGCGGAGCGCUGAUCGCGAACUUGGGACAUAUGCCUGA